AUGGAUCCCUUCAACGCUCUGUCUCCAGAGGUCCAGCUCAAGAUCCUGCUUUCCAUCGACUCCGCAUCCCUCUCCUCUAUCACCCGAGCGUCGCCGACGAUGCUGCAGCGGUACAAUCACGACCGAGCAAAAAUCGAACAAAAUCUUUUACGCCUCCAGGAAGAUGAGGUACACCGCCUACAAGAGGAAAAUGCGUCUCUCAGACGUGAAUACGAAACUCUACGGCAGACUGCCAGCCAAAUCCCGAAUCUGUCUGUCCCGUCUUUCGAAGAACCUGCAAUCCUUCGCGAGGAGGCCAGGAGGCUCAUCAAGGAAUCCGCACCCUGUGAUGUAGCAACUGUGGCCAAGUAUAUACGAUGGAUGCCACGCGGGGCACGUCUUGUGUGUAGCCAGGGGUAUCGAGUGACCUACACCCAGGCAGACCAUCCGAGGCUUGAGGGCAUGGCACCACGCAACAUCGAAAUUGUCAUCGGUGCUUACUUAAGUGCGAGGAAAGAGAGGGGGACACUGGACCCGGAAGAGCCAAUAGACCUCUUUUUUGAGUGCCUUUGA